AUUAUGAUUUCUCUUGAAACUCCAGAUGGGCUUUCUUCUUCCAUCCGUGGGCAUUGCCACGGCCCUUGUUGGGGUAAUUUGGCUUAUGCGAAGGCUCAGCUCAUCCCCACCACCCUUGAACGCCCAACAGCAUGAUGCUCCAACCGUUUCUCAUCCGCUCAGCGAGAGAUUAGUGGCGGCGUUACCGCAAAGCGUGCUUCUACUCCAUCGCGACCGAGAGCUUUUUCGCCAAUCGAUCAACACUUACUUUGCCGGACAGGAACGCGACGUGAUUCAAGCUGCCAUCGUUCAACCGCGCAGUGCUCAUGAGGUAUCGACCGCAAUCCGGAUCCUCAAGAAAGAAUACGACCGACGACAACAACCCAGCACUCAGGCUGGGGACGUGCUGUUUGCCAUUCGCGGCGGGGGGCAGUCGCCGCUUAGGGCUGCGGCGAGUGCCAAAGGCGGCGUGCUCAUCGAUCUCUCCCACCUGCGCGGAGUAACGGUCGCAGAGGACCGAGAAAGCGUAGUGAUUGGAGCUGGUUGCCAGUGGGUGGAUGUUACGCGAGUGUUGGACGAGAUGAACCUGGGGGUGGUGGGAGGCAGAAACGCCGAUGUCGGCGUGGCCGGCUACAUCUUGGGAGGUGGACUCUCGUUUUUCACUCCAACGUACGGAUUAGCCUGUUCUAACGUCCUCGCAUAUCAGCUCGUUUUGGCCUCUGGGGAGAUCGUGACGGCCUCAGCCACCUCCCAUCCGGAUCUCUGGCGUGCACUCAAGGGCGGCUCGAACAACUUCGGCGUCGUCACCCAGUUCACAAUGCCCUGCUUUCCAGUAAAUCCGAUUUGGAGCGGCUAUAUUUACGCGCCCGCCUCGCAAUAUCCCAAGGCUCUUGUUGCUCUUCAUGAAAACAUUAAGCGCAUUGAUCCCAAGACCAGCGGCCGGGAGGUGGACACGCAUGCCGCGGGGCCCAUUGUCUGCUUCACCUAUAUUCCGCCACUCGGUUUGAGAGUCGUGUCUGUGCGGCUGGCAUACACCAAACCGCCCGAAGAACCCAAGCAGUGGCCAGUCUUUUGGAAAAAGUCGGGCUUCUCGGCCAUCUGGCGAUACUGGAGCACACACCAACUUCAAACUGUCACUUCGGCCAUUGAGGGAAUGCGCCAGGGGUGUUUCCCCGGCAAGCGGUGGUCCUUUGGAACGACAACCAUCAAAAACGACUUGGCGACCAUCAUGGCCACCCGUGAGGUCUUUGAAGAGGCGAUGGGGUCCCUGCGCAAAGUGAAGGGGUCUUUGUGGACAAUUGUCAUGCAGCCACUGCUGCCCUCGUGGACCGCCAAGGGCGACCGCAGUAUGAUUGAUCUUGAGAAGACCACGGACGAUCCACUUAUCAUUGUUAAUCUAUCAGUUGACUGGGACGGAGCGGAGAAUGACGAGUAUGUUUACUUGGUGAUACGAGGGAUCCUCGAACAAAUCGACGAGGUCGCUGAAGCCAAUGGGACCAGCCACGCAUACCGCUACUUGAACUACUGUCAGGCAUGGCAGCAACCGUUGGAAGGGUACGGGAAAACGAACUUGCAUUUCCUUAGAGACGUGAGCAGAGAGUAUGAUCCUGACGGGUUUUUUCAGCGAGGGUGUACAGGAGGAUUUAAACUAUUCCCCUAGUCGAUGGCGGGCUGACACACUACCAAACUAAAUUGCACUAGAUCUAUCAUUUUUCCAUUUUAAAUAGAGAGCAAUUGGCUGAGGUUGAAAUUCUCUUCUUCUUCUUCUGCUAUACUACUGAGUCUACUGCCUUUCGAAUUAAGUUCGAGGACCAAGACCAGUACCUGGCAAGGCCAAUGCCUUACUUAAAAAUACAUUUUUCCAGUGUCCAGUCGGC